AUGAAAGAUUCGAUGACAAUUCUAACGCCCACAUUACCCACAAGUGAACAUCAAAAAAUGUCAAAUAUGAAACCAAAUCGUUCACGUUUUAUGAUAAAUGAUAUAUUGGCUGGCAGCGCAGCAGCAGCGGCGGCUGUGGAAGCAGCAAAUGCAGCAAGUGUUGCAGCAGCUGCAGCAUUUUAUAAACAACAACAACAACAGCAGCAGCAACACCAUCCACACAACAACAACAACAACAACAAUCAUAAUAAUAAUAAUGGCGAGCAGCAGCAAAUGCAACAUCAAACGCCAACAGUAAAUUUGCAAACGCCACACUUGCAAUUGCCGCAUGCACAACAUCCGCUAACGCACGCACACACACGCUUAGCGGCUUUACAUACACAAAAUUCGGCAACGCAUAAAAUGCAUUUUCCCGUCGGCGCAACACAAAUCGGUUCGAAUGGAUUGAAUGUCGCACAAUACGCGGCUGUGAUGCAGCAACAUUACGCGAACGCAGCCAAUGCCAGCGCCGCAGCACGCGUCGGUGAACGCGGAAAUGAUUUGGAUGAUAGCAGCGAUUAUCAGGACAAUGAAGAUUGUGACAGCGAUGAGGCCGGCAGCGGACAUUUGGAUGAUAACAGCGUUUGUAGUAAUGGUGGCAAAGAUGAUGAUGGCAAUAGCAUAAAAAGUGGCUCCACCAAUGACAUGAGCGGACUUAGCAAAAAGCAACGCAAAGCACGCACCGCCUUUACCGAUCAUCAGCUGCAGACUCUUGAGAAAUCAUUCGAAAGGCAAAAGUAUCUGAGCGUGCAAGAAAGGCAAGAGCUGGCACACAAAUUGGAUUUGAGCGAUUGUCAAGUGAAGACUUGGUAUCAAAAUCGAAGAACAAAAUGGAAGCGACAAACUGCUGUUGGCCUGGAACUUUUGGCGGAGGCAGGAAAUUUUGCUGCAUUUCAACGACUUUAUGGUGGUUCGCCCUAUCUUGGUGCUUGGCCAUACCCUGGUGCACAGCCACCACACGGUGGUCCACCACCAUCCACCAUCGAUCUAUAUUACAGACAAGCAGCAGCUGCUGCUGCUAUGCAGAAACCUUUACCAUACAAUUUGUACGCAAGUGUACCAAGCGUGGGUCCUUUAGCCGGUUUACCUGUACCAGCAACUACACCAUUUUCGCAUCUAUCUGCUUCCAGUUCGCUUUCGUCUUUGAGUAGUUAUUAUCAGAAUGCGGCUACAGCUGGAGGCACUCCAAUACCACCAAGUAUUGGUGUUUUAAAACCUAUUGUCUCACCUCCGUUACCUCUACCGACAGGCGACCAUUCGCCGCAUAUAACACGCUCACCAAGUCCUACCUUGAAUCCAGGUAGUCCACCAGGUCGUUCAGUUGAUAGUUCACAGGCACAAUCUGAUGAAGAAGAUCACAUACAAGUCUAAAUGGGUUAAUAGUGUUAAUCUGGUUCGGAAAACAGAGUGGACAAUGUUAUAAAUACUCAAUAAUUAAACUUAAUAAUUAAGCGUUAAUGAAAUGUGUGUGUAUU